CCUCACAGACCACAGAACAAAUGUCCGCAAGAAUCUCUCUCCAUUUUUUCCUCUUUCUCUCUCCUCCUCUCUCCCACUCACACGCAAACACAAAAAUCACACUUCUUGACCACACAGUUUUCCGUCUUCUACAGUUUCCAACACUUAAUUUAUUAAGAAAUUCAGAACGUUAUACUAUUUUCUAGUGUUAUCAGCAUGCUGGGUUCGAUUGCUUUCCAUCACAGCCAUAAGGGAUAUCACAUUAUCAAACAAAGAAGUGGAACCAGAGCUGAUUUGUGCCCCAAAAGACGAAUUCCCUAUGCAAUCUUUACAGAGAGAUUUCACGUACCAUCUUUAUCCACAGGUCACCAUUUUACUUCCAUUACAAAUGCCUCCAAUAGCAGACUUUUUCCAUUAUCGACAACUGGCAGAGGGAUGAUGUACUCCAAUCAUGGCUUUGUUCGGAGGCACAGUUACAAGACACGUGCCACACUCGAUGUUGCUAGUGCUAUAGAUGUUAUCAAUGACUUAGGAUUGGAUACUCUGACAUUCUUGGUUGUUACGGUUAUGGUUGUUCCUGCAUUCACAAGAAUCAAAUCUAGCCCUAUUCUUGGAUUCUUCUCUGCGGGCGUGAUCCUAAAUCAAUUUGGUCUGAUCAGGAAUCUUACAGAUGUUAAGAUUCUGUCUGAAUGGGGAAUCCUCUUCUUGCUUUUUGAGAUGGGUUUAGAGCUCUCUCUUGAUCGCUUAAAAGCUCUAGCCAAGUUUGCUUUUGGUAUGGGAUUAACUCAGGUCAUAUUAUCUACGCUUGCAUUUACUGCAUUCGAGCUUCCUCCUAAUGAUGCCAUCGGUACAAGAAUUCUGGAGUUCCUUUUUCACUCAAGGUCUGAUUUGGUGAAUAUAAGAAGUGUUGAUGAGGCCAUAGUAAUUGGUGCUGCUCUUUCACUAUCUUCUUCAGCUUUUGUUCUGCAGCUUCUUGCAGAAAGGGGUGAGCUACCCACUAGAUUUGGCUCAGCGACAUUGGGAAUACUUUUGCUACAGGAUAUAGCAGUUGUCCCUCUGUUAGUCGUACUCCCUGUUCUGGAGAGUCAGAGUUUGGAGGGGAGUAUUUUGCCGACACUUGCUAAAGAAAGUUUGAAGGCAUUAGGUGGGCUAGGUCUACUUUCUUUUGGAGGAAAAUAUAUACUCAGGAGAGUUUUUGAGGUUGUUGCUGAAACGAGGAGCUCAGAAGCAUUUGUUGCUCUCUGUUUAUUGACUGUUGCUGGGACUUCCCUUAUAACUCAGAAGUUGGGCUUCAGUGAUACGCUUGGAGCUUUUCUGGCUGGAGCGUUAUUAGCAGAAACAAAUUUCCGGACCCAAAUAGAAGCUGAUAUAAGGCCAUUUAGAGGCUUGCUUCUUGGACUAUUUUUUGUUACUACUGGCACCUCUAUCGACACACAGCUUCUUAUACGAGAAUGGCCGAACGUAUUAUCCCUCUUGGCUGGUUUAAUUGUCAUCAAGACCUUAAUUAUAACAGCUCUUGGUCCCCGGGUUGGAUUAACUUUGCGAGAGAGUGUAAGAAUUGGUUUACUUCUAUCCCAAGGAGGGGAAUUUGCAUUUGUUGUUUUCUCCUUAGCAAACCAGCUUGGAGUGCUACCACUAGAAUUGAACAAAUUGCUCAUAAUUGUUGUGGUGUUGUCAAUGGCACUAACCCCAUUGCUUAAUGAGGUUGGAAGGAAGGCUUCUGAUUUCAUUGGUGAAAAGCUUGAUGAAGAGGAUAAUACUGCUGAAAUGGUGAACUUUGAAGCCACUGAGCCUGUUGUCAUCCUUGGAUUUGGUCAAAUGGGCCAGGUUCUAGCCAAGUUUCUUUCAAUGCCAUUGCUUCCUGGAGUUGAAGGUUAUUUUACGGGAUGGCCUUAUGUGGCUUUUGAUCUUGAUCCUUCAGUUGUGAAGGCAUCAAGAGCCCUUGGCUUUCCUAUCCUGUAUGGUGAUGCAUCUCGACCUGCAGUUCUUCAGUCUGCUGGUAUUUCUUUACCAAAAGCAUUCAUGGUCAUGUACACUGGAAGGAAAGGAACAGUUGAAGCUGUGAAAAGGAUCCGGCUUGCAUUUCCUGGGACACCCAUAUAUGCGAGAGCUCAAGAUCUUUCACAUCUUUUAGAGCUGAAGAAAGCAGGUGCAACAGAUGCUAUUCUUGAAAAUGCGGAGACUAGUCUGCAGCUAGGAUCGAAGCUGUUGAAGGGUCUUGGUGUGAUGUCGGAUAAUGUGAAUUUUCUUAGUCAGCUUCUGCGAGACUCCAUGGAAUUACAAGCUCAGGAAGCCCUGGACAGAACGGAAGGCCAAGAAAUUGAUGCAGUGAAGCCACUCCAGGUAAGGGUUGCAGAUUCGAUUGGAACAAAACUAGCCGCAUCAUCUGUGUCGGCUGAGAACACGUCUCUGAGAUUAGGAAGCAGCAGCAGCUCAAUAGAAGCAUAUCGUUUAUUGGUUAGUUCGGAAGAUGAAGAAGAAAAGUUGGUGAAUGAUGAAGAAGAAAUGGAGGAUUUAGAUGGCAGAGGUGUUUCAUAUUGUGAAUUGGAUAACACCAACAGUUACCCGAAGAUUUGAUCUUCAUCAAUGAAUGAAGAGAAAAGAAGAGAAGAGACAAUUUGAAAUGUCCAGUUUUAUUUCAUUUUCUAUUUCUUCUUUUUCCCAUCCAUAUAUAUCAUGUAUAUUCUAUAUAGCCAUUUUUUCUUAAAAAGUAUUAAUUUAGAAUUAAAGAUAUUGAUUUUAUUUAUGCAUUUU